AUGGACGAGUUUUUGCACCAGUCGAUUCAUACAAUUGAAUUCGUCCUUGGUUGUGUUUCUCAUACAGCAUCUUAUCUUCGACUAUGGGCUCUAAGUCUUGCUCAUGCUCAGUUAUCUGAAGUUUUAUGGGAAAUGGUCUUGAUUCGUGGACUUUCAGCUGGAGGAAAUCUCAUCACUGCCUCAAUCAUGUCCUAUGUGGUAUGUUUUCAGUGA